CCACCAACCUCAAUUUCUCCUCCUCGCAAAAGCAAACGAUACAGCAAAGCACAGCCUUUUCCUUCUUCUGACUAACGGCACGCUACGCAGCUUCUCCGUGCCGACGAUACCGUUCCGCUGUUUCUGUCCAGGCAGAUCAAACUCUCUCCAUCUCUCCAUCUUCCCAUCUAUAUAAGCAUCAUCCACGUGCCACCGUCCCCUCUUUUUCGCCUCUCUACUUCUCUCUCUUCUUCUUCUUCUUCUUCUUCUUCUUCUCUUCCUCUCUAUAUCUCCUCUCUCCUCCAGCAUCAUCCACGCAUUUUGCCGUUACCACCGGCAUUCUCUUCCUCUCCUUUGUCGCACACGUCAUUCCCAAGGACAAUUCUGCGUCCUCUCGAAUAUCGCCGUCCUAACCGCCCACUCUGGACAAACAAUCCAAGCCACGGACAAACGACUCGCAAAUACACCACCCUAGGCUCCCCGUUACCAACAAACCGCCGUCACCGGGGCCUCUGUGUGCCUCGCCUGCUUCGUUUCCUUCUUCUUCGCUUCGUCUUACCUCAUUCAUACCUUCUCUGUUCAUCUUUCUCGCCUCUCAGUCCUUAAUUCUACUUUCCACCCCUCCACCCAGAGCAAUGUCCGAUACAUCUCCAAACGGUCCCGGCCCCGGCCCCGGCCCCGGCCACCGCCGCAGCUCAAUCACCCAGGCUGCCUUGUCCAACCUGUUCCAGCGAGGCCCGCCGACUGCCUCGACUGGACCUCCGUUCCCCGGCGCCAACGGUAAUGCAGACCCUCAGAGACGGCGUCUAUCAAUCACCACCAUUGGCCUCUCUGGCACAUCACCCUCAAAUAACUCCGCCUCCUUCAUGCGACGCGGCAGCAUGUCUACCAAUUCGAACUCGGAUUCGAUUGACGAGAAUGCCAUUGAGGACGAAGAUGCCGUCUUUGGCGGCCCUAGAACGGCCCCGACCACUCCCUUUGUUCGCCACAUGAGUUUUGGAGGCAACUCUGCCAUGAGAAACUUGCGCACAGGAGGCAGCCCCGGAAAUGACCAGUUUGGCUUCAAUUGGUCCGAACAGCUUAGAACCCGCGCCGAGAGCUCCGUCACUGGGGCUCGCCCCUCCUUCUCCUUCCAGGGCACCGGCUCCCACUCUCCACCCAGAGCGAUGCCAAACCAUGACCGCUCAAAGUCCAUCUCCGACAUGCCGCAACCCCCAGCACAGGCCGCCUCUGUUAAACCCAAGCAGCCGGAACGCCCUAAGCCCGACGCUUUCCAGGAGAGAAUCCUCAAGGGCGACUUUUACAUGGAUUGAGUAUGCCAAUCAAUGCUAGAAUCAUGACCAUAAUUGCCACUGGAAGCUGCGAAAACAUUGCUUCAUUCGUUUGGGCGGUUCUUUUAUUUACUUCUUUGUUCUCUCUCUCUUCCACUCUUUUGACUCUUGCCGCCGCCCAAGAGUCAACUCUGGGCUGGUGAUGGUUAUGAGUGCAUUGCGUUUUACUCGUCUUUGCGUUGGCAUCUUCUCGCGCCAUUCAGCUUUUCUCCAGCGACAUACCGAUUAUUUCUGCCUCAAGAGUUUCAGUGCUUUACCGGAGUACGGUUCUGUUAUUCAUUUUUGUACGAUUUGAGGCAACUCACACCGCUGAUAUUAUUUGUUCAGUGGCUGUACACUUUGUGCACCGCAGUUGACGUUGACUGGAUUGGAACGUAUCACCAAAAAAAAUCAGAAAACGGGCACAUCGUACGAUGCAGGGGAAAAAAGAGCCAACUGGCGAGAUGCACAAUCUUGUUGAUUUGUGUGGGGAUUAAUGUGAGACCACAGCGGAUGCGUCGAUUUUCGACAUUUUCAUCACCAACUAUCCUGGGAGAUGGGACAAGGUACACAAGGACAAGCCGGGGCUUAGUUUUCAAACUCGUGUAUAACUAUCAGAUUUGAAGGGGGGGAGGGGACAUAUUGGCAGACAUGGGCCAAAGAAUGAAUUACGAGCUGCAGGACAAGGGGUCCGGCAUUGUCCAAUUGACAAUGUGCUGGCGUCGGCGUUGCUGGUUUUUAGCGUUGGGAAAUGGCCAACUCUGGUAACUGGGAGAGCAUCUUGGCCAUGUGAUUUUGACACUCUGAAAGAUUGCUUUUAUCUAGCUUGUUAUUUUGAUGGAACUUCAAAUGGAACCAAACAAUAUUCUAGAAC